GGUUUGUGAGUCAGUACUCGUGGUGACCAGCGCGGGGAGACGUUCUCUCAAUUCAGUGGAUUCCUGGCUCCAUGAAGACUGCACGUUAGAGGAGUAUCGGUGAAAUACUAAACAGGUGGUCGCAAACCAGACGUUCUGAAACAUCCAGCAUGGAGAAAAGGUGAAGGAUAUCGCUGUCCGUUUCUUUUUUGGGAUAUAAGCUUUACAACGCCAAAGACAAUUCAUGACAAGGGAGGCUGUGCAAAAACAAUUCACCUAGGGCUUUCUUCUGGUUCCCGGGGAACACGUCGGGAGCUAAAAUAUGAAAGUGACAGUGUGUUUUGGACGGACAAGGGUGGUGGUUCCGUGCGGAGAUGGAAAUAUUAAAGUCCACAAUCUUAUUCAGCAAGCGGUGAUGAGAUACAAAAAAGCAAUUGCCAAGGACCCGGGGUACUGGUUACAGGUCCACCGCUUGGUGCACGGCGAUGGGGGCAUACUGGACCAGGACGACGUGCUGUGUGAAGUGGCCGACGAUAAAGAUCGGCUCGUGGCCGUGUACGAUGAGCAGGACCCUCACCACGGGGGCGACGGCACCAGCGCCAGCUCCACGGGGACGCAGAGCCCCGAGAUCUUCGGCAGCGAGCUGAGCUCGGCAAACGCGUCGGCCUUCCAGCCCUACCCGGCGGCCGGCGAGAUCGAGGUCACGCCGUCCGCGCUCAGAACCAACAUGCCCCUGCGCGUUCGACGCAGCAGCGACCCAGCCCUCGCCGACCUGGUGCCCCCUUUCGCUGAGGCCCACGUUUCGCCUGAAGAGCCGUCCCGCAAGAACCCGUCCCGCUGGUCCGCCACGGCCGGCUUCCCCAAACCCAAACCCAACUCCAGCAACACCACCAGCAGCCUGGAGCGCAAGGGCAAAGGCUCGGAGCAGUUUCGCAGUCUCCCCCGAGACGCGGGAAGCUGGGGCGGCCAGUUCCAGAGGGAGAACGGCCGCUCUUCGCUGAGCGCCAAGCACCCGAUGGUGGACCGCUGGUUCGAGAGGCAGGAGCAGGAGGAGGAGGAGGAGGAGGAGGAGAACGGCAGGAUCGAGCCGGUUGGCCGUGACGACUCUUCGUUGGAUCACAACCCCGUGCUGUGUCUGGACCUCAUCUGCAGCGACAUUGUAAAGCUGGUCGAAGUCUCCAACGACGGCGGCCCCCUGGGGAUCCACGUAGUGCCUUUCAGUGCGCUGGAUCGAAGGACCCUGGGCCUGUUAGUGAAGCGCCUGGAGAAGGGAGGCAAGGCCGAGCAGGAGGGCCUGUUCCAGGAGAACGACUGCAUCGUCCGGAUUAACAACGGGGAUCUGCGCAACAUCCGAUUCGAGCAAGCGCAGAACAUGUUCCGGCAGGCCAUGCGCUCGCCGCUCAUCCUGUUCCACGUGGUGCCGGCGUCCAAGCAGGCCGAGUACGAGCACCUCACCCAGGCGGAGCUCAACCUGGCCUACGCCGCGGGCCGCCUCAGCCCGGACUCCCAGGCCAGCGACCGCGGGAGCCUGACGGGCGGGCUGGACCACACCCCUCAGAGGAUGUCCCGCUCCGGGCCCCUCCCGCCCCCGCUGCCCAGGCCCAAUCCGCGGCCUCCCGGGGACCAGGGCCUCUUCUACUCCCCGCCUUCCGCCAGCACCCCGGUCGAGACCCCGCCCGGCCACGCCCCCUCUCCGCAGAGAGGCCGCAGCACCACCCCCGUGACGGGCUACACCAAGAAGGUCGGCAGGAGGCUGAACAUCCAGCUGAAGAAAGGUCAGGAAGGUCUGGGCUUCAGCAUCACGUCCCGCGACGUGCCGAUCGGAGGCUCGGCGCCCAUAUACGUGAAGAACAUCCUGCCCCGCGGCGCAGCCAUCCAAGAUGGCCGCCUGAAGGCGGGCGACCGGCUGCUGGAGGUGAAUGGGGUGGACCUGAGCGGGAGGACGCAGGAGGAGGUGGUGGCUCUGCUCCGCAACACGCAGAUGGGCGGCACCGUCGGCCUCCUGGUGCUUCGGCAAGAGGACGCCUUCCUGCCCCGGGAAGUGAGCGUGGAGCUGCUACAGAUGCAGUCCCAGCGAGAUUCGAAAUCAGAAGAUGAUGACCUUGUGUUAACGCCAGAUGGAACCCGUGAGUUUCUGACCCUGGAGAUCCCUCUGAACGACUCCGGCUCGGCGGGCCUGGGGGUCAGCGUCAAGGGCAACAGGUCCAAGGACAGCCACGAAGACCUGGGCAUCUUUGUCAAGUCCAUCAUCAAUGGCGGUGCGGCAUACAAGGAUGGUAGACUGAGAGUCAACGACCAGUUGAUAGCGGUGAACGGGGAGUCGUUGCUGGAGAAGACGAACCAGGAUGCCAUGGAAACGCUACGCAAGUCCAUGUCUACCGAGGGCAACAAGCGAGGAAUGAUCCAGCUGAUAGUUGCCAGGAGGUUCCCGAAACGAAAUGAGCUGGACACCCCUGUGACUCCCACUGGGCCCGAGGUUCCCCUCAACCCCUUGCUGGAGGACCACGAGCGCAGAAUCUCCCAGUCCCUGUACCCUGGCUUUGAGGGGUCGGACGACCACCUGACGCCGCGCGGAAGGAUGAUGGGUAACCACCAGCUGUCCCCCACUGUGAACAUGCCCCAAGAUGACACCGUCAUUAUCGAGGAUGACAGGCCACCUGUUCUCCCUGCGCGUCUGUCCGACCAAUCAUCUUCCAGCUCCCACGACGACAUGGUCUUCCCGGCAGAGGCUCCUCCCUCCUGGGCCAAAGACAUACCGGCACAAAACGAGUGCUCCCUCAGCGCCGACGCGCACCCGGACGCCGACCCCGAGGCGGACCCCGACACCGCCUUCCUGCGCGAGGGCUUCGGCCGCCAGAGCAUGUCGGAGAAGCGGACCAAGCAGUACGGAGACGCCAGCCAGCUGGAGUUCAUCAAGACGCGCAAGUCCAAGAGCAUGGACCUAGUAGCUGACGAGGUUAACCUCACCCCACGCUCAGAGAGGAUGGCAGGUUAUCCGUCCCAAGAUGUGGGCCCCUCUCUCGGCCUCAAAAAAUCCAGCUCUCUGGAGAGCCUGCAGACGGCCGUCGCCGAGGUGACGCUGAACGGAGACGUCCCUUUCCAUCGGCCACGCCCGCGGAUCAUCAGAGGGAGGGGCUGCAACGAGAGCUUCAGGGCUGCAAUCGACAAGUCCUACGACCAGCCAGCCGCAGAGGCGGAGGAGGACGGCAUGGAGACCCUGGAGGAGGACACAGAGGGGAGCUCGCGCUCGGGCCGGGACUCUCUGUCCAUGGCCGCAGACCUGGCGCUGCCCGGCUCGUCGGAGAGGCAGGUGAACGGCGGCGGCCGGGCCAAGGAGGACAGGAAGAAGGAGAAGGGCGGGAAGGAGAGGAAGAAAGAAGAGAGGGACAAGGAGAAGGACAAGAGCAAAGCCAAGAAAGGCAUGCUGAAGGGCCUGGGGGACAUGUUCAGGUUUGGCAAACACCGCAAGGACGAGAGGCCGGGAGACGGAGUGGAGCGCAGGGGGUCCGGCAAGCUGAAGAGCGAGGAGGCGCAGGUGUCCGAGGAGGAGACCCUGCGGAUGAGGCUGGAACAGGAGAGGAUUCAGGCGAAGACCCGCGAGAUUCGCCAGAGGCAGGCCCGCGAGAGGGACUACGCCGAGAUCCAAGACAUCGACGCCUUCCUGAGCGCGGAGGAAGAGCACCCGUACGCCGGCAUCGGGUCCCUGGACUCCUCCAUAGACAGCGGCUACAACCGGCCCCAGAGCCCCCGGGACGACGGGCAGCCCCUGGAGGCCCUGUACGCGCAGGUCAACAAGCCCCGCAACGGCCGCCCUCCCUCCGCCGACAGCAACAGAGUGGCUCCUAGCAACCACGACCGGAUACUGAAGCUGCGGCACGAGUUCCAGCAGGCCCAGCGGGAGGACGACCCGGACGACCGUGAGCGUGCCCACGGCGCAGAGCAGCCUCGGCCUGGUGGUGGGGCACAGACGGGGCGCCACUCGGUUUCCGUGGAGAUGCAGAUGCAGAGGCAGAGACAGGACGAGAGGGAUUCCUUCCAGCAGACCCAAAGACAGUACAGCUCGUUACCAAGGCAACCGCGUAAGACCCCCAGCACGGUGUCCCAGGACUCGUGGGACAGGGCGUACCCCCCGGGGGAGGGCUUCCAGACGGCCAAGGAGAACCCGCGCUACUCCAGCUACCAGGGCUCGCGGAACGGCUACCUGGGGGCGGGCGGCGGGGGCGGCGGCGUCGGGGGCGGCGGCGGCGGCUUCAACGCCCGCGUGCUGCUGGAGACGCAGGAGCUGCUGCGGCAGGAGCAACGGCGCAAGGAGCAGGAGAUCAAGACCAAGCUGCCUCCCCCGCAGGAGGCGCCCGGCAGCUACGACCCCGCCCCCGCCCCCGCCCUCGCCCCCGCCCCGCCCAAAGGACCCUACCGCCAGGACGUGCCCCCCUCCCCGACCCAGCUGGCCAGGCUCAACAGGCCACAGCCCCCGGAGAAGGGCCGGCUUUUUUACCCCUGACGUGAGGAGGAGUGGGCGGGGCGGGCGUGGCAAUAACAAAGCAAAUCAAAUCCUUUUUUAAAAAAGCAGAGCAGAGAGACUGUUAGCUUUGAACUUCUCCGGCAAAAUAUUGAAUCCGUAUGUUGUGUUUAAAAAAAUUUUUUUAUGUAUAUAUGAAUUUCCUUUCUUUAUCUCUCCUUCCCCGUAUCCUCCUGUGCUGGCUGUUUUGAGAAGGCGGCUCUGUGGGGAAUGACUCCUGUGUCCAUCCCCCGCUUUCUGUGCCUUUAGAGUUCCUGGGCGUGUCCCUGAAGCAGCACUUUCUCUACGAUGCGGUCGGGCGUGGGGGUCCCCGCCCACGGGGUGCGGGCAGGGCGCGACGUACGAUGUGGGGCUUCGCUCGGUGAUGUCACACAUAGCGCCAGGGAGGCUGAUGGGAUAGGUCUCCCUCUGCCCUGCUGUACAGCUUCCUGUAUGUGCAUGAGUGUGCUCCUGAGCGUGUGACCGUGUGUGUCUGAAAUCCUGAGUGUGUGUGUCUGUCAGUGUGCAUCAGUCUGUGUGUUUGUGUGUUUGUACUGUAUGUGUCUGUCUGAGCGGAUGUGCUUAGUUGUGUGUGUGCAUAUGUAUGUAUGUGUGUGUGUGUGUGUGUGUGGGUGCUGAAGUACAUCUACAGAAUCUCCAUGUGUGCCCCCCAGUGUGAAAGCAGGUCCUUGACCCCUUUACCCACAGCUCCCAGCCCUGGAGAAACACCCCCAAACCUCCCCGACAACCCCCCCACCCCCCACAGCCUCAGAUGCAGCUCUACCCCUCUCUCUCUCUCUCUCUCUCUCCUGAUUUCCUUUUGUUUUAUUCAGGUGUUUUUUCCUCCUCUUUUUAAUACAAACACAACCCUUUAGAUCCGCUUUCACUCAGACCCCCCGCACACAAAGAUAACUCAUUUGUAUAAAUGGGGUCAGAGAGGGUUAUUAAUUAAUGUUCCUCAUGAAAAAUGAAUGUGUGUGUCAUCUCCGCAGGGGGGAUUCAGGGGGAUUCGGGGGGGGGGGCAGGGCGAGGGAGGCCAGCUCCAGCUCUCUGCUUUGUACCAUGCACCAUCUCCAGUUUGGCUUUCAGUCAGACGCCGCUGCCAGCCUUCUCUGAAUUUUUCAUUACGCCGGUUAAUCGAGAGAUCAUUUGCACUAAAGACAAACACCACGACGGUACAACAUCGGUUUGCGUUUCUCCCCGAGCCGCCCGGGCGGAAGCGCAGUCCCGUGCUCUGUUAGAACUGUUUAAUCUGACUUUUGCUGCCUCUGUUGUGCGGAAUCGAAAAGGAAAGAGAAUGAUAAUCGUGUAGCCCACUGCUGACACUGCAGCCUGGUAAUAAUGUCUCCUGGUGUGUAAACAGAGCCCGUAAUGUAGCGCUGUCCUCUCUGCUGAGAGCGCAUGGGCAGGGGGAUUGAACACUUUGACGUGCUGUGGCAAUUGGAAACAGGGUUGGAGUGAGUGUGUAAAAGGGAAACAUUGGCCUCAUAGGUGAUUUAUUCAAAUAUGUCCUCAGAAGUAUUCCUCUGUGUUUCUGUAACGAGGUGUGAACAAAGAGGGGUGUUUGGCAUCUCUCUGUCUCUCUUUCUCUCUUUCCCUCCCUCUCUUUCUCUCCCUCUCCCUCUCUCUUUCACUCACCACUGACCUUGAGAAAAUGAGGUUCUUCUUUUAUGUUUCUUUUUUUUUUGUAUGUAAAGCAAGGAGGGACGCCUUGUUUGGCCCGUGAAUGCGAAACGCAGUCCGCGCUGGCACAAAAGAAAGCCUUACUGCCUCGGCCAUGACAUCAUGGCACUUCGUUGUGUGUGUGUGUGACUGCGGCCCCGCACCUGUUUCACGUGUCACUGGGUGCGCUCCGAGGCUUUUAAAGUGCCUGCGAUGCCUGGAGCGUGGACGGGAACAAUGAUGCAUCGCUGUGCGGCGCCAUUUUUAACGUGUGAUCAUUGUUUCUGGUUUCUCUUCAUUGUCUUCUUCCGUGUUUUUGUGUUCCCAUCAAGCUACGGUAUUGUUUUUUUAUGACGACAGGAAGAACAACUGAUCUUACUGUGUAUUUUUAUCAGUGCAUUUUUCAUCGCCUUCAUGAAUUUAGGUACUGUGCUGUUUGAAGCAGGUGACUAAUGUACGGACUGUGCAAUUGGUUCAUGAGACUUUUACACGAUGUAUUAAAAAUGUACACAGCCUCUUUCCCUGUACAUAUCAUAUUUAGAAUAAAAGGAAGGCUGUUUUCAUCCUGUUUACAAUCA